UCUCUCUUCUCCUGCCGAGCUGCCGGGGUUAAGGUGGCAAGAUGGCGGCGUCCUCUGUGUGCCGGGCCGCGGGUUGUGUGGUCAGCCGGGCCCUUCUUCGGGGUCCUCACGCUCCGCCAGUUUUAUGGAGUUUGACAAGAAGAGGAAGCACUGCAUCUUAUGCUCAGGUGCUGCAUAAUAUUCCUGAGACACAUGUCACCACUCUAGACAAUGGCUUACAUGUGGCUUCUGAACAAUCUGGCCAGCCUACUUGUACGGUUGGGGUAUGGAUCAGAGUGGGAAGCCGUUAUGAAACUGAGAAGAACAAUGGAGUUGGCAACUUUGUGGAACACCUGGCUUUCAAGGGUACAAAGAAACGCCCUGGUCCUGAAUUUGAAAAGGAAGUUGAGAGCAUGGGUGCACAUCUCAAUAGUUACACCUCUCGUGAGCAGACUGCCUUCUUCAUGAAAGCAUUAGCCAAAGAUUUGCCCAAAGCAAUUGAGAUUCUGGCUGAUGUAGUGCAGAACAGCAGCUAUGAGGAUUCCCAGAUUGAAAAGGAGCGGAAUGUCAUCCUUCAAGAAAUGCAAGAACUUGAUGGCAGCUUGUCCCAUGUCGUCUUUGAUUACCUGCACGCUACAGCUUAUCAAGGCACUGCUUUGGGUCGGACUGUUGAAGGAACAACUGCAAAUGCAAAGCAUUUGUCCCAUGCAAAUCUAACAGAAUAUGUUGAGACUCACUACAAAGCCCCUCGCAUGGUCCUGGCAGCUGCUGGAGGGGUCAGCCACAAAGAAGUCGUGGACCUUGCCAAGCAGCAUUUUGGCAACGUUCCCUAUGAAUACAAGGAAGACACAAUUCCCAUUCCUCCGUACUGCCGCUUCACUGGGAGUGAGAUCAGAGUCAGAGAUGAUGAUUUGCCUUUGGCUCAUGUUGCUAUUGCAGUGGAGGGACCAGGCUGGGCCAAUCCAGACAAUAUUCCCCUUCUGGUAGCUAAUGCAGUCAUUGGGCGAUACGAUGUUACUUUUGGUGGUGGCAAGAAUCAGUCGAGCAGGCUGGCUAGAAUUGCUGUGGAAAACAAGCUGUGUCAAAGUUUCCAAUCCUUCAACACUUGCUACUCUGACACAGGUCUGUUCGGUUUCUAUUUUGUUACUGAUGCUAUGAAUGUUGAAGACACACUGCACUUUGCCCAGGGUGAAUGGAUGCGCCUCUGUACCAGUGUGACUGACAGCGAGGUGAAGAGAGCCAAAAACAUUGUUCGUAACACACUGAUGGCUCAGCUGGAUGGUACCACUCCUGCAUGUGAGAAUAUUGGAAGCCAUCUGCUGAACUACGGACGCCGGAUAUCUCUGGCAGAAUGGGAUUCCAGAAUUUCUGCGGUUGAUGCAGCAACAAUUCGGGAAGUCUGCAGCAAAUAUCUCUAUGACAGAUGCCCAGCUGUUGCAGCAGUUGGACCCAUCGAACAACUUCCGGACUACAACCGUAUCCGCAGCGCCAUGUACUGGCUCCGUUUCUAGGCUAUGUUGUAUGCAGAGUGGAAGCGAGGCAGCGAGGGUAAUGAAGGGCCCUCCCCUCUGGGUCUGUUCUUGUGGGUUCCUUGUGUGCCAGUGGCAAGAUGGGCUCCAUGACUGCUGUACAAACAUUCUUCUUUAUCGUUGUGUAAGAGGUGCGUCCCAGAGAGCUAAAUAAAUUAAAUUUAAAUGGA